AUGCAGCCCCACCUGGCGCUGAUGUGCCUUGUUGUGUUCGGGGGGGCUCUGCCGGCGUCGGCUCGACCCGAGCCCAGGAGGCGGCAGCAAAUGGACCCAAGGCGAUGUGAGCUGCCCCGAUCGCAAAGAGACCUGAACUCUUUCCUCUGGACAAUCCGGAGAGAUCCUCCUGCCUACUUGUUCGGCACCAUCCAUGUGCCUUACACACGGGUAUGGGACUUCGUUCCUGAGAACUCCAAAGCUGCUUUUCAAGCCAGUUCCAGUGUGUACUUUGAACUGGAUCUCACGAACCCUUCCACCAUCUCAGGCCUGGCCAGCUGUCAAUUGCUUCCUCAUGGGGAGAAUUUACAGGAUGUGCUUCCCCAGGAUCUUUACCACCGCCUCAAACGCCAUCUUGAGUACGUCAGGUUGAUGCUGCCUCACUGGAUGACUCCAGAUCAAAGGGGCAAAGGCCUUUAUGCUGAUUACCUUUUCAAUGCUAUUGCUGGAAAUUGGGAACGCAAAAGACCUGUCUGGGUGAUGCUGAUGGUCAACUCCUUGACCGAGACGGACAUCCGUUCACGGGGAGUGCCGGUGUUGGACCUCUACCUGGCUCAGGAGGCUGAAAGGAUGAAGAAAAGCACAGGAGCUGUGGAGAGAGUGGAAGAGCAAUGCCACCCUCUGAAUGGGCUGAACUUCUCCCAGGUGCUGUUUGCUUUGAACCAAACAUUAUUACAACAUGAAAGUCUUCGAGCUGGCAGCUGGCAGGCUCCUUACACGACUGAAGACCUCAUCAAGCAUUACAACUGUGGCGACCUAAAUGCUGUUAUAUUCAGCCAUGAUUCUUCACAGCUCCCUAAUUUCAUCAACACAACGCUUCCUCCACAUGAGCAGGUUACAGCUCAAGAGAUUGACAGGUAUUUCCGACAGGAACUGAUCUACAAGAGAAAUGAGAGAAUGGGGAAAAGAGUGAUGGCUUUGUUAAGAGAGAACACUGACAGGAGUUUCUUCUUUGCCUUUGGAGCAGGUCAUUUCCUGGGCAACAACACUGUUAUUGAUGUGCUGAGGCAAGCAGGAUUUGAAGUGGAGCACAUACCUGCAGGACAACCAAUGGAAAAUUCCAAGGCAAGCAGAUAUCACCCCUCCAGGGGCUCCUCUGCAACAGCUGUCCCCGUUGUCAUUGAGCGUAUACAACUGUCAUCAUCUUCAGCACCUCCUCAUGCCAGUGAAGAAGAUAGCCUUCCUCCACACCUUCUAUUACCAGACAGCAUCAGCCAGCUAGAAGAAUUUGGACGGCAGAAGAAAUGGCACAAGAAACAAUAUAAAAACCAUCGCCAAAGACAAUUCAAUGACCUCUGGGUCCGGAUAGAAGAAGGCACAACCACCAUGCCUUCUGAUAUCAGAAUUACAAAUGGAUUCAUCUCUGUCAACCCAUCCAUUUGGUUCUCAAACCAGGUGGACCAGCAGCCACACCCAGACCUUGUAUUCCACCAUCAUCUCAAAAGUUGUGUCCUCAAAAGCUCCAUAGCAUCACCUUUCAUUGUCUCUGUCUUCGCAACAAUGGCUUCUUUGCUUUUGGAGCUACUGAAUCUUUCCUGACAAAAGAAGGACUUUGAAGUGCAAUAUCCAAAAAGGGAAAACAGAUAACAUUCCACCUGAUAAUAUAUCUUCUCAGUUCCUUGCUUCACCUGGGCCUUUCAAGCAACGAAGUGCUAGCACUACUAACUGGUAUAGGACUU